UGGCGGAACAAGAGUGACUGUGGAGCCGUGGAGCGGUCUAUGGGAGUAGCUAGCUAGCUAACCUCUUCUAGUUAUGAAUUCAUGUUGCUCCAUUCACUUCUAAAACGAGAAACAAUAUUUCAAGCUGUUCAGUUUUCGGCGUAGACAGACAUUUAGUCUGUUUGCUUGUUUGCUAGUGUGGUUGCUGAGAAUAGUGGAUAUGUGCACUCAGACGAAGGCUGCGGCGCUGAUGGCCAGCAUACCGCGGGCAGACAUCGACCCAUCCGGCGUGUUUAAGUACGUCCUGAUCCGCGUGCACAGCAAAGAGGAGGGAGACGACUCGGAGAUUGACAUAGUUCGAGGAUAUGGCUGGGCUGAGUACCACGCUGAUAUCUAUGAUAAGGUUUCUGAGGAGCUAGAAAAGGGCGGGCACCUAGACUGUGAAUGUAUUGGAGGAGGGAGGAUCAAACAUGAUCCCCAGGCCAAGAAGAUCCACGUUUAUGGAUACUCCAUGGGAUUUGGAAGAGCAAACCACGCAGUGACUACUGAGAAACUGAAAGAUCGGUAUCCAGACUAUGAGGUGACCUGGGACAACGAAGGAUACUGAACUGAAUUAAGAUCCACCUCGGUUGGACCCCCCUUUCUCCGGGACUGACAUGGCACUUAUGCAAAACCCCUUAUGCAAACGCUGGGCAUGUCAUGAAGAACCCUACAGAGUCUGAUACAGAAAUUUUUGAUACCGCAUUUAUAAUCCAAUAAUUUUGAGCUUAUUUUUACGUUACUAUUUGAGAAGAAAUGGCAAACCAUUUCCCCCCACAUUUUUACUCCAUUUGGAUCAAAAACAAAUACAUGAUUAUCUUCCGUAAAUUCAAAUCUCAAAUAGAAUUAUAGAAUAAGUAACUGGUCAUAAUAUUCACUGACUUGUUUUAGAGUCGCAUAGCCUCAUCAUUUUGACCUACUCACUAAGAUGUGUUGGAAAUUGAACCUUAUAUGCUUUGUCAUGAUGUAUGUUUCAUAAAUGUUUCCUAAAAUCUGCUGUUAA